UUUGUAAAUUAUCUGGCGGAUGAGAUUUGUCGCUGUAGCAUUGGAGGUCGUACUUUUGGGAAAGGGGGCAAUGAUGAUGACGAUGAUUCUGAUAGUACUUAUGAUGAUUCGGAUGAUGAAUCAAAGAAUAGGAAUUUAUUUGAUGUUGUGUUUGAGAAGCUAUUUGAAAAAAUAAGUGAUUUGUUUAAUGAUUUGGGUGAGAAGGUAGAUGAACUACUUCAAUUUUUUGAUAAUCUGUUGAGGGAACUACUUAAAUUUUUCAAAGAUUUGCUUAAGAAACUGCUUAAUUAUUUGAGUGAUAAUCUAUUGGAGAAGCUAGAAAAUGAGCUUAGAAAUUUAAUUAAAAAGAUGCUUAAUGAUGAGAAGGUUAAAAAGAAGUUAAUGAAGAUGAUCAAAAAGCUAAUGGAUGAUUUGUUUAAAGAAGAGCAGGAAAAGCCAUUCAUGGAUUUUAAAUUAGUGUUAGAAUAUGAGACAAAAGAUGUAGAACUGAAUGAGAAAGUAUACUUGUUAAUUAUAAACAAUCUUUCGUUAAAUGCCUCAUAUAAUGCUUCGUCAAAUGCUUCAGAUGUGGUGGUAAUUAAUUUAUUAAAUAACUCAAAUCUAUUUUUCAUAAUCCUCUAUUCUUUUGAGGGGGUUAGGUUCACUUUUUGCCGAAUAACUGCCUUUUACACAGAGAUUAUGUGUGUAGAGAUCGGGCAAAUCGAAUAUUCGAUCGAAUAUUUUUUAACUCGAAAUAUUCGACUUUGA